AUGCCUUCGUGUGCAUUGAGAUAUUGUUUAAACAACUCGAGAAACAUAAUUAAAAGUCAAGGAGUGACUUUUCACCAGUUUUGUCGGUCGUGUCAUGACACAAGAGAAUCAUGGAUAAAAUUUGUUCAGAAGAAUCGCAGCAAAGCAGAUUAUUCAUGCAUAUGUUCCGUGCAUUUCAAAGAAAACGACAAAUAUACCACAAAAACAGGAAGAGUAUACUUAAAGAAAUCUGCAGUACCAUGUGAUAAUGUAAUUAUAUUAUUAUAUAACAUUGCUGAAAUUUUUGUUAUAUUUUGUGAUUAG